UUGAGUUUGCUGUUACUAGCGGCUGGGCGCUUUGGAUGGAGUUAAAACGAAAAUAAUUUAUAAUAAAAAAUUGAGCUAUACAGUAAUGUAUUUUCGUUUAGACUUAAUUCCUAGACGAAUGGACAUGACAAGGGCACUUUGGCGAGGUCAAAACAGCACAUUGGAUAUCUUCGUAACGCUACUGUGCAGCCGCCAGCUUGUACGGAAAGGUUAGCUGGUACAGCUAACGUAGUUGACCCACACAGCAAUGGAAGGCUAAAGCUAAAUAGCGCCGCAAAACCUCAUAUUCAAGACGGAUUUGACUAAUAAACCACCUUAAAAUGGCUACUACAGUGCUGGGAGUCGGCACAGGCGUUUUCGUCAUCACUGCUGUUUGGAUUGUGACGUUUGUGCUCUGGAUGAUGCUUCUGAGAGCAUCUGGAUCAUCAAAGCUAGGAGUUGUCCCGGUUUUCCUCUUGGCUCUUACCAUUACCCUGGCACUGGUGUUUUUCCCUCAAAGCACCACAACCCCAUCUGCUUUCAAAGAGAUAGAGGUGGCACUGCAUCAAAAACCGACAUCAAUGGGUAAAGGAUUUCACCACAUGGGCUCAGGAACACCAGAAAACCAAGAUAGUGGACACUUUGUUCAUCGCUCGCUAUGUGUUGCUGGCUUUAAUGAGUGUGAUCUUUCUCUGCGCCUUGUUCAUGCUGCUCCCCUUUCAUUUCUUGGAGCCUGUCUAUGCUAAAGCUUUGAGAACACGCUAGAAGAGUUGGCACCGGAUCACAUUGCUGAUGUCAACAACCUAAAAGAAGAGAAGCCGGCAAGAGGCCCACUUCAUCUUUGUUACAGACUGUGGAACCAAAAUAACAGGAGAAACUUUCCCAUGGCCAACUUCUUUUUGUUUAUCUAUAGCAGGUAUGAGUUACAUAACUAAGUAGUGUUUUUGGGGUGUUUUUUUCUCAAAAGUUAACAAUUUUUAUUAGAUGGGAUGGGAUGGUACAAUAGAUGAAUCAAUUUGUUUAUAACAGGCACAAGUUAGGAAUCCAGAAGUGUUUGUGUUUUAUUUGGUAUAAUUUCAGUAGGUUCCUAUUGGAUGCAUCUACAGCAUUACUCACAAUAGGUGAAGGUGCAUUCAGACACUGUCUUCCUUUUGAAAUGUUUUGUUUGCUUGAAAUGUUUUCUUGUAUGUUUUCUUAUCAUUUUUAACCUCCAAUGCUUGUUAUUUGUUUAUUUGUUUUAUUUGUUUUUAAUGCGAUGGUACUGGUGAUUCUUUGACUAAGCUGUAUUUAUCUUUUUUUAUUUUCUUUUACUUCAAUUUCAACAAUGAUAAAGAAUUACACAAUUACUCACA